AUGCCGCCAAAACGAAAAUCAACAACAAAAGAAACGACACAUGGCAGGAAAGAAAGAAAGUCGACGAAGAAGGAAUCAAGUCCAGAAAAUGAUUCAGAAGGCGAGGAAGGUAUUCCAUUCGACAAGAAAACUCUCCAGAGAAAUGUGAAGUUUGACUUCGAGAAGCUAAUGACGGAUCCUGUUUUUCAACAUCCAGAAUUCGUGGUCAAGAUGGAACCGGAAGAUUUAACAGUAGAGCAUUAUGAGAAAAAUGGCCUCGAAAAGCCAAUUCACUUCAGAUGUGAUCCGAAAAGGAUAGGAAUGAAGUAA